AUGUCUCGGUCGUUCACGGGAUGCAAAAGAUGUAAGGCGCGACGUCAAAAAUGUGACGAGCAGAGGCCAGUCUGCAGUCGAUGUCAGACGGCGGGUGCGCAGUGUCGGUAUGCGAUGCAGCUGCAAUGGGGAGGACGGGCGUUUUCGCGGUCGAGGUUUGGGGCUUGUGUGGGGGAUGGGAUGCAAAAGUUUGAAUACUCCCCCGGGGAAUUUAUAUAUACCACCAACGGCAACGCCAACACCAUCGUGAAAUCGUCACCUACCUCUCCCACAGAUAACCACCUCCUAACACGACCGGUCGAUCCCUUCUCGUCGCUAUCCUCAGAACAAAAAUCCCUCCUCCACCACUUCAUCCACGAUGCCUCCCAAAUCACCGCCUGUCACUCAGGAAUGCAGACAGAUAUCUGCAAAAUGCUCAUACCCAUGGCCCUCCAAACCCCCUCCCUCCUCUACGCAACAACAGCCCUCUCCGCGAUCCACCUGCAAGCGGUAAACAAUCGAUCAGAAACGGUCAAGUCAGCGCCCGAAAUUGCACGCUUCAUGGCCCUCAGCCUGGAACAUUUCCGAAACGAAUUGCAGAAUCCCAGUACGCGGGGGUCAGAUGCGCUUCUUGCUACGGCGAGGACGUUGUGUCUUGCGGAGAUUCACUCGGGGGCUAUUCAUCCGAACUCGUGGCGGGCGCAUAUUGAGGGGGCGAGGGCGUUGAUGGGGACGACAGCGGCGCGACAGCGGCAGGGAGGAGGGGGAGAGGCAGAGGGGUUCCGGUGGUAUUUGGAUCGGUGGUAUCGGUCGAUUGUGUCGCUUACUGCGUUGACGGGGAAUGGGCCGCCGAUUGGGGGUGUUACUGAUCAGGCUGAGUUGCCUGCGGCGCAGCCUGAGGGUUCUUCGCCGGAUUAUCUGGAUGAUUACUGGGGUUUCACUGUGCAUUUGUCUGCGAUAUUCCGGGGGAUUGGUGCAGCUGCUUGGAGACGGCAUCAGAGCCGGAGUCUCCAAGAUGGAAGCGAGGAAGUCAGUGUCCAGAAUGAAGCAUCGGCUCUGGAAUCCUCGGUACACCAAUUGAUGGACCGGGAAGCCGGGACUGUACCCACGUUCUACCCCGGUAUAGUGGAGGGACUAUCAGUAGAAUCUAUUCGAGAAUUCAUCCUCUGCAACGAAGCAUUCCAGCACAGCGCAUUGAUCCAGAUCCGCCGUCGCCUACGAAAAACCCCGACCUCAUCAUCCGCCGUGCAAGCAUCCGUCAAGCGCAUCCUUGAAUGCACAGCAGAAAUCGGUCCAUCAUCCGGACUGAGUCCGUGGGUGAUGUUAACAACACCGUUAUUUAUCGCUGGAUGCGAAGCACGAGGAGACGAUCGCGAGAAGGUACGAGGAUUACUCGCGUUGCUGCACGAUACGAUCCGUGUACCGAAUGUGCUGCAGUCAUUAAAGUUUCUAGAGCAAUAUUGGACGAAUCAGAUGGACGAGGAGGAAGACUGGAGUCAUUAUUUGGAUCGGAUGAGGCACGACGUUGACUACGGCUCACAAUUUUCGAAUGGGAUCCAAUUCCACAGCCGUCUCGUCAGCGAACCCUUCAUCCCCGUGCUCCCCUCCCCGCCAGCAGGCCAUCACCGCGACCAGCCCGCGAUGGCCCUGCACCCGCCCGAAAACAACCGCCCUCCUCCCCUCCGUAUAGAUUCCGCCGGUGCGCGGAGCUCAUCCGCCAACUCCUUCGAUUCUAAACAACAACCAAAAACCCCCGGGAGGAAAAUUAGCUCCUUCUUUGGCUGGAAAGGCCCCACCUCUCCCGGCGCCGAAUCCUCGAGUACAGAAAUAUCAGACGCGGGCCGGUCCCCGCUUGCUUCACCCAUGCCGCCCUCUCUUCCAAGCGCCUCCUUCUCCAUCACACCCUCUACCACCGUUCCCCUCGAUAACUCCAAACCCGCCCGCAAUGGCUCCCUCAGCAGUGCCACGAUUCUUGACACCAAGGUCUCCGAGCUGGAAAAUGAAUUGCGUGAAAUCAGCUCCGAGUUGGCAGGCUCCAUUCGCCGCGAGAUGGAGCUCGAGGAUCUCGUCGAGAGACUCCAGUCGGAAAUGCCACUCGACGUCACAAAUCGGCGCACAAGUGACUACUUCUCCGACUCCGGGACCAGUUCCACCAUCCGCUAUCCUCAUGAUUCUGGCCGUUCGGAGGAUCUGGAGAAGUUUCGCCGGUCCGCUGAGCAAGAACGCGCACAGCUCAAGGUCGACCUUUCACAGAAAUGGCAAGAAGAGCGGUCAAAACGACUGGCUACUGAAUCGCAUGUCCAGAUACUAGAAAGCCAGGUUCAGCAGCUUCGCCGUGAAAGAGUCAAUCUCUCAGAUUUGUCCUCUCGAAACCGCGAGCUGGAAGGUACGGUGGACUCCACUCGUCGAAAGCUUGCCGAGGAGCGACAGAUCAAAGACAACUUUGAGGAUCUUCUAACCGCCAUGCGGGUGGAACUUGAGCAACUCCGGAACGAACGAGACCAUCUCCGCGACGAAGUAGUCCCGCAGAUCUCAGGUGGCACCCACAAGCCUCCAUCGUCGUCGGCUGACCCGUCCGAAAUCGAACGUCUGAUGGGAGAAAUCGAGGCGCUGAAGAUCGAAAACGCUUCGUUGGCUCAGCUCCAAAGCGGUCGGUUCGCAUCUAUCGCCGAAGAGGAUGAUGGUCGGUCCUCGCGGGGAAGGACCUCGGGCUUGGGUAUCAGCAUGUCGCGCUCGAACUCGCUCGCUCGCAUGCACACCAAGCCUUCCCGGCCCAGUUCGCUCUCCCGGUCGAAUUCGUUCUCGGGCAAGGAGCGUGACACUCGCGAGAAUUUGGCUGAUCGCAUGAAUGACGUUGAGGCGCAGCGUGAUGCGCUCCACCAGACCUUGCGGAACUUGCUUGCGCGCCAAUCGGUCCAGGCCCGGGAGUACGAAAAGCGUUCUCGGAUGCUGGAGAUGGAGCUGGCGCGUGCACAGGAAGCAGGGUCCCCGCGCAGACUGGGUUACGAACGAGACGUCCGUAACCUGCGCGAAGAGGUCAACGACCUCCGUCAACGGGCCGAGGAUGCCCUGGAGCAAAAGUGGCAGUGCGAAAAGGGUCUGGCAGGUCUCAAGAUGGACCUGGAUCGCGCAGAGCAGGAAACUUCUUCGUUGCGCGAGCUGCUGCAGGAGCACGACGUUUCCCUGUUUGAGAAUUCGGGAGUAGCGGCCGAAGGACGCGACGGAUUUGCCGAAGUCCUGGCGACUACUUCCUCUCUCGAGUCCGCCUAUGAGCAAUUGCAGGCCGACCGUGACCAGGUUGUCGCCCAGUCGCCAGUGGAGGCGACCGGCGAAUUGGCGGAAUCGCUCAACCGGACGGAGGCACUGACGACUCAUGUGCGGAAGCAGCUGGAGUCCAACAGCACUUUGCGUCGCCGUCUGGCCGAGGCCAUUGGCCAGGGUGAGAAGGAUCAGCAGGUGUCUGCUGCCCGGAUCAACGAGCUGCAAUCGCAGCUCAAGUCGCUAGAGGACAUGCUCCUGACAGCGCAGCAACUCUCCGAGGAGGAGAUGGCCAAGCACGAAGACGAGAUCCGUCAGUUGGAAGACAACCACAGCGACCAGCUCCAGCGCAUGAAGAACGGAUCUCGCAGCCCUGCGGCCCUCUCCCCGCGGCCGCCACAGUCGCCUUUCUUUGGCUCUCGCUCUCCUCGUCUGGAUAAGACUACCAGCGGCAAUGGAGUUCCAUUGACGGAGAUUGUCCAGCCGGAGAUGCUGGCCAAACGGGUCCGGGAGCUCGAGCGACUCCUGCGCAACGCUGACAUGGAGAUGGAAGAAGUGGUUGGACGGAUGAACCGGGCGCAGAUUGAUGUGGCUGAGCUGCAGUCGGAUAGAGACGAGGCACUCCGUCAAACCCGGAAACUCCAGUCUGAAAUCCUGGCCGAGCGCGAGCUGUUCAAGACUCUGUUGAGUCAGUAA